CCAUGCAGUGAAAGUUACGAAACUGAAGAAAUGUCUAAUAAGGAAACAUUGAGCAUUGGGGGAAAUGAGGAAGUAAGGGCUUUGGAGUAUGGUGACGUGGAUGUGACAAGUGAGUCAUCUGGUUCAGAGAGGACGAAGGAAGGGGUAGGAGGAAGUGAGAUGGCUGAGGUUGAGGGAGAGGGGGUUCUCAUAAAUGUAUUAGAAGUGGAAGGUAGAAAUGAAAGGUGUUAUGAUUUUGAGGCAGAUAUUGUGGCUAAGGUUAGGGAGUAUGAGUCUGAACUCGGGACUAGGGAUAGCUUGGGUUAUUUAGUAGAGACUUACAAAAUUCCUCCCCGAAUUCUAAUUAGGCCUGCUGGAGUGAAGGAGAAGGCAUGCUCUACACCUCGGGAUCAUUGGAUGCCCAUGCAUGCUCACUAUUUGGCAGCAGGGCUUAGGUUUCCAAUUCCUGAACUCCUAGUGGGGUUAUUGUUAGAUUAUAGCGUAAGGUUGACACAACUAGCCCCCAAUGCUAUGAGGAAGGCUAAGAAAGCCAACCAGAAUAAGUAUAGUUUGAAUAGUGAUGAAGAGGAAGAGGUGGGGAAGUUGGUGACGGAGGAAGGUGACAGUAUAAAUAUCAUGUACCUCACCAGCUCGGAUGUCAUAGAGGUUGCUGAGCUCUAUGGGCCAAGCUCUUUGAGUGAAGGGGGGUGGCCAUUCCUAAGAAGCCAAGGAAGAAGUCAAAGACUUCAAAGAAUGGCGAGGGAGGGAGGAGCCGGGAAGGAGUUGGUGCCUAGCACCUCAGCUGGAGCUCAGUAUGUUCUACCAAGGCCAGAGUUUAAGAGGAAAGGAAGUGAGGACAUAGAGCUGCUUCAGAGGAAGAAGAAAGUGGUAGAACAGGAGGUGAAGAGGGAUGAGGUGGUGGAGUUCGUACCUCGGCCCCCUUUUAUUAAGCUCGAACCUAAAGUCAGGGAGGCUGAGGUUAGAGCCCCCGGUAAGGGAAAAGAACUCGUUCCUCCUUUUUCUUUUCAUAGUAGCCUGUUUGACGACAAAAAUACGACAGCUGCUAAGAGAUUCUUGAACUCAACUCUUCCUAAGGUGGACCGAAAUCAGGCCAGUAAAGAGGUGCUAACUCAUGUGGGUGCUACAGUUGUUAGACACGCCCUAGAGGUAUGUAAAGUUGUUUGGUAAUUAUGUUGUGUUGUUGUUGUUGUUGUUGUUGUUGUUGUUGUUGUUGUUGUUGUUUUCUUUUUUCUUUUUCUUUUUUUUUUUUUAACUUUAGUUUGAAUUGUAGAGUGCAAGCUAGGUCAACGCUUUAGCUUAGGAGUUUGCUGAUAGCGUGAAAAAGCAUAGUAGCUUGCAGAAGUAGUGUGAUAAGCUGCAAAAAGAGAAGGAUGAGCUGGAGAAAAAGAAUAAGGAGAUGUAGGAAAC